UCCGAGCAGUUUACCUCAAACCGUUUAAUACCGAACCCCGUUAUUCUCGCCACUGGCUUCAGUCAGCUCGGCUGCUGUUUGUGGUUCAUUCUGAACUCGGCACUCCUGCUCCGCUCUUCUAUGAAGCUGGACUCAUUUCCAGGCAUCAAUGGCUGACAAUGUGCAAGUUUUAGUCAAUAAUGUGUCACGUGACGAACCAGAGGCCAACCAGCACACGGACACGGGCAGAUCUACAGCCCGGCCACGGAGGGAGGUCGAGCUCAACGGCCAGCCUCCCUCUGCUCGUGCGCCACAAGUGGUUACCGACAAUGAGGAAGAGGAGGACGAGGAGCUCACGCUGAAGUAUGGAGCCAAACACGUCAUCAUGCUCUUCGUCCCGGUCACACUGUGCAUGGUGGUCGUUGUGGCAACCAUCAAGUCAGUCAGUUUCUACACACAAAAGGAUGGCCAGCAGCUCAUCUACACUCCAUUCCGUGAAGACACGGACACUGUGGGCCAGCGUGCUGUCAAUUCCAUCCUCAACGCUACCAUCAUGAUCAGCGUGAUUGUGGUGAUGACGCUGGUGCUGGUACUGCUCUACAAGUACCGCUGCUAUAAGGUGAUCCACGCCUGGCUGUUCUUCUCUUCCCUGCUCCUGCUCUUCUUUUUCUCCUUCGUUUACCUGAUGGAGGUGUUUAAGACGUACAACGUGGCCAUGGACUACUUCACGUUGGCGGUGAUCAUUUGGAACUUCGGAGUGGUCGGAAUGAUCUGCGUCCACUGGAAGGGUCCACUGCGACUGCAGCAGGCCUACCUCAUCAUGAUUAGCGCCCUCAUGUCCCUGGUGUUCAUCAAGUAUCUCCCUGAGUGGACUGCGUGGCUGAUCCUGGCUGUCAUCUCGGUCUAUGACCUGUUGGCUGUGUUGUGCCCGAAAGGACCUCUUCGGAUCCUGGUUGAAACGGCUCAAGAAAGGAACGAACCGAUGUUUCCAGGCCUCAUCUACUCUUCGACUAUGGUGUGGCUGGUUGGCAUGGCCGACAACGCAGAGUCGAGGAAUAACUCUUCAGAAGCUGCCCCUAAAGAAGAGAUCCAUGGCCUCUUGAUGUAUCCUGUAGUUGCAACGGCUCCAGUGGCUCAGCCAGAGGAUGAUGGGGGUUUCACGUCUGAUUGGGUUGGACAACAAGAGCACCGUCUUGGCCCUCUGCAGUCCACCGAGGAAUCGAGACGCGAGAUCCAACAGAUGCCAUCAGCACGCCCACCACCAGCAGAUGAGGAGGAGAGGGGAGUGAAGCUCGGUCUUGGUGACUUCAUCUUCUAUAGUAUGCUGGUGGGAAAGGCUUCAGCGACAGCCAGCGGUGACUGGAACACAACAUUGGCCUGCUUUGUGGCGAUUCUUAUUGGCUUGUGUCUCACACUGUUGCUCUUGGCCAUCUUUAAGAAAGCCCUCCCAGCUCUCCCCAUCUCUAUUACCUUUGGCUUGAUCUUCUAUUUUGCCACAGACAACUUGGUGCGCCCGUUUAUGGACCAGUUAGCUGUGCACCAGUUCUACAUAUAGCAAAAGGUGCUUUUCUACAACUCGUAUCAUGCUCUGGUCAUACCACGGAGGACCUGAACCUCAGCAGGAACGAGGAGACUCGCUGGCAUCGCCAUUGCCUCAUUUCCUCUGUGACAGCUAUGUGACUGGAUUUGGAGUGGGACCUCAAGUAUUUCAUUCCUCUCAUGUGCUUUCUUUGUUCAUUGAUCUUUUGUAAAUGCAGACUCUCUCCAGUGACCCCAAGGACUAACACUGGUGAUUUGUGUAGCAGUUGUUUCGGGGAGAUAAUGCUUUGAAAAGGGGAUGAUUAGCAAAACAGUUAAUCACCAAAAAGUCCUAUUUAACCUACGUGAACGAAUGUUUUAUAAUAACUGGAUGAGGAAAAAAAAUGCAUGGCUUAUUUCUGGGUUGAUGGACUAUAAUGCAUUAGAAUGGAACCGUAUCUGGAUCCAAACGUAAUAGUCGUUAAAUUUUUCCAUUUACUUGUAUAAAAGCAUUACUUUUAGGGACCUGUAAUUUGUAAGUGAUUUUGACAGUGGUUAGCGCCGAACACCUUUUUCGCCCGUAGCGUGUGUAGAAUUAUGGUUUUGGAGUCGAACACUGGCACAGUCUGACCGUGUUUGUUCGAAUUAAAAAGGUAGAGGCUACUGUUGUGUGCUCUCAUCGUCUGAGGGUAUCAUUCUGGAAUGUAUUAUACAUAUGGUCCUAAAUAUGAGUUUCACCAAAGUUUGUGGAAAUGUUAUUUUUGUUUUUGUCUUUGUCUGUCUAUUAUGAUGUUUAUAGAAUUACCUCUCAACUUUUUGUUAAUUUCAACAUUCUUUUCUUACAAAAAAAAAAAAAAGCAGAACAGUAUCUUGAUUGUUUUUGUAAUUUGGUUUAUAACCAACUUUUAAAGUUCUUGAAUAAACGACAAGCUCCUUUGAGCACUUUUCCUCCCUCUCCAUUGUAAUCUGUAAUAGGUUCAUAGCUAAGCUGGGCUUGAAAUGUAUUGUAACAGUACAGAAACUACAUGCAUUAAAUUCAAAGGAUGGCUUCGUCAUAAAACAAA